AUGUACAUUGCUGGUUGUUAUAUACUUUUUUUCUUUUAUCAGGUCGAAUCCAAAGAGUUGUUACAUCAUUUAUCAGAAUCGGAGAAAAUAUUUCUAUUUGGAAACACCGACAAAGACCAUCAGUUUGAGAUAGCUCAUCUAAAAAAACCGAAACGUCGAAAACGUUCACUUGACACAGAAGAGCAUCAGGACUUAGUCAGCCUGAAGAAGCAUUUAAAUAUCAAAUUAAGCCCCAGGCACACCUUCAUAGAUCCCCAGUUCCUGUUAAUGAAGAGAUGGUCCAACGGAACCGAAGCUAUUCUGGAUGAACACACCAACGACGAAUUAGAUUUAUGUUUCUAUAAAAGUGAUAACGCUGCAUUAUAUAUCUGUGAUGAUGUGAGAGGUGUAGUCAAAUCAAAUGAUAGUUUUUAUACUAUUCAUCCACUGCCAGAAAGAUUCCACAACGAACAUUCUAAAGCUCAUUUAAUUAUAAAGAGAAGUAAGGAAAUACUAGCAAGCGAUGAUGUAGAAAAAGAAUGCAUAGAGAAAAAUGAUCUAGAUGUAAAAAACUAUGAUGAUAUGAAGUGGUCUAAACACAGACGAAAACGUGAAGUCGAAAAGAGUCCAGAUAACGAUAGUUUAGAUAAAUUCAAAUUAAACUUAGCACAUAGAAAUAGAACAAUUAGUGAUUUUGUAGAAAAAUUAGUAACAAAGGGCAAUCAAACUGAUAGACAGAAGAGAUCAGUGCUGCCAGCGAUUUUUGUAGAAACAGCUGUAUUCGUAGAUAGAGAUUUAUACAAACUAAUGACAAUCAACUUCCCAAAAGAUACAGAAAGGGAAUUAGUGAGAUUUGUUUUAGCAAUGAUAAAUGCUGUGCAGUUGAUAUAUCACGAUCAAAGCUUGGGUAGGCCAGUGAAUUUUAUACUUAAGAGAUUGGAAAUCCUUCAUGAGGAUCCAUCCAAUUUGAAGAGACCUCAUGAUAUAGAUAGGUUUUUAAGCAAUUUCUGUACGUGGCAGAGGUUGGAGAAUCCUCCCGGUGACAACGACCCAUUGCAUUGGGACCACGCCUUAAUACUCACUGGUUUAGAUUUAUACGUUGUUAACAAGAAUGGUAAAGUUAGCAGUCAAGUUGUCGGUCUGGCACCAGUGGCGGGAAUGUGCACAGUAACCAGUAGUUGCACAGUCAAUGAAGGGAGACACUUCGAAAGUGUUUAUGUCGUGGCGCAUGAGAUUGGUCACAACCUGGGUAUGCGCCACGACGGUCCUAAGGCGGACAACAGCUGUGACCCGAGCGCGUACAUCAUGAGCCCAACCCUCGGCAGUGGAAAGAUCACCUGGUCUCAAUGCAGUAGGAACUAUCUACAGAAGUUUCUAGACACAUCGCAGUCUAGAUGUCUGUUGGACCAUGGUAACUCCGCCGGGCAACUGGACCACAGCGCUGAGGGCAUACUGCCGGGAGAAAGAUUUGAUGCUGACCAGCAAUGUAUGCUAAAAUACGGUCGCGGCAGUCGUCACUCCGCAGCCCAAGACCUGGAGGACGUGUGUCGUGACCUGCACUGUCAGAGGGAGCGAUACACCUGGACCUCACAUCCAGCACUUGAAGGGACGAGAUGUGGAGACGAUAUGUACUGUCGUGGCGGAGAGUGCGUGAGUCGCGGGGUCCGAGGUCCGGGCGCGCGGUGGGGUCCCUGGUCGAGGUGGUCGGAGUGUGCGUCCGCCUGUCUCCUGCAUGAGGACCAGACACUCGCCGCGGCUGGAGUAUCAGUCGCCACACGCCGGUGUAACAGACCGAGACUUGAAAGCGGCAAAAGCUACUGUCAAGGUCACGACAAAAAAUAUCAAUCCUGCCACGCGGAACAGUGUAAAACGGUUCCGAGGAUGACUGUAGGAGACUUCGCGGACCAGAUCUGCCGCCGGGCGAGGGACGUCGACCCUGACCUCAUCGGCACCGGACUACAGAGACUUGACACUGAUGACAGUCACAGUACGUGUGCCGUGUGGUGCGACACUCGUGGUGGCGGGUACAAGUCACGCGGCUGGACCCUUCCUGAUGGAACUUCUUGCUCCACUGUAGCUAAUAAAUACUGUAUUAGUGGAGUUUGUAGGAAAUUCUCAUGUCUCGGCAACACAGACACAGAGUUCAGUCUGGCGUCCGCAGACUGUGAGUGGGAAGCGCUACACGUACAGACGGCGACACCACACACUAAGUCAUCUGGCACGUGGCGUCGUGAGGUUGGCCGGUGGGUCGCGACCUCCGCGUGUCAUUACCGCUGUAUGCUGAGAGGGUCCGGCCUUAGACUGGUCAGGGCUCAGCAGCGGACCUCCAUACAGCUGUGUACACCAGACACCGAUACCGCAGAUAGAGGUUGUAGCGACCACAUGAGUCCCUACCAGUUCGCUACUAUGGUGUGCUCCAAGUACAAGGAACGUGUGAGAAGACUCUCCGGUCUGGGCAUGCAGAUAUCACCUGCAUUAGAGGAGCCAGACCGUCCGUGUCGCGUGGCGUGUCAGGACGAGCGCGUGUCUCAUCGCUUCUACCUGGUGAACGGAGCGGACGGCUGGUUCCCGCUCGGCACAUCAUGCGGCGGGAACAACUCGUACUGCGUCAGUGGGAAGUGUCUGGAAUUCGGUUCGGAUCUAACUCCUUUGUCCGAGAUGGUGUUCACUCUGCCUCUCUUGAACCGCGGCUCCGUCCGUCAUCGUCGCAGUCUUUAUCGUGAUCGCCUCACAGUUAGAACGACCCUACACAGACAACACCUGGAGGAUAUCAUAGCUAGGCUCAACUUAACUGAUAACACAAGAGGGAGCGCAUAUUUUCAAACGAUACCAGAAAAUAUAGAAAUUGAUUUUACAAAUCCGAUACACAUAUCACCGGAAGACACUCUGCUUAGAAAAAAACCAAGACCUACGUGGGACUGA